AUGCCUGCACCCAUAGCCCGCUCGGCCGCACCCUCCCCCCUGUCGUCGGCCGCCCCCUCGCCCAAACCUCCGCCCUCGCUCGUCUCGCGCGUCCUCAAGUCCCACCUCGCGCCCCAGCAGCAGCACCAGCAGCAGCCAGCCUCGCCUGCACCGCCCACGGCGACACCGACCCGCAGCAGCUACACUCGCCCUCUCGCCGAGCAAGACUCGACUCCGCGCGCCCAGUUUGAGCAGCAGCAGGACUUUAUCGGGUUCGACGCCUCGCCCCCACCGCGAGACUCGCCCAGGUCCCACUCGAAGCGUUCCCGCGACGACUACGACCACGCCGACGACGACGACGAGGGCUCGCGCCGCCUUCAGUCGCGCGAGCGCAACCGCUCGACCCCGUGGUGCGACCGCCCGGGCGUCGACUGGGAUCGCGCCCACUCGGCCAUCGACCAGCUCAACCGCGAGGCGCACGCCUUUGUCGACUACGUGUCGCCCUCGCCCCAGGAGCACGAGUUGCGCCUGUGGACCAUCGAGUUGAUCCGCCGCACCAUCCACCACUCGUACCCGGACGCGUCCAUCGAGUGCUUCGGCUCGGUCGGCACCAGCCUGUACCUCCCCGGCGGCGACAUCGACCUCGUCCUCCUGUCGCCCUCGCUCCCGUUCCCGCCCCUCAAACCCUCGGCCUCGCUCCUGCACCGCCUCGCGUCCCUCCUCCUCACGUCCGGCAUCGCCCAGCCCAAUUCGCUCGUCGUCAUCGCAAAGGCCCGCGUCCCCAUCGUCAAGUUUGUCACCCGCCACGGCGCCUUCCCCGUCGACCUGAGCGUGAACCAGCGCGGCGGCGUCGACGCCGCCGUCAAGGUCCGCAGCAUGCUCGAGGAGUACGCCUACCGCGAGGAGGGCUACCACCCGGUCGACCAUGGCGUCGCACGCUCGCUCGUGCUCCUCGUCAAGGCGUUCCUCGGCCAGCGCGGCAUGAACGAGGUCUUCACCGGCGGCCUCGGCAGCUACUCGAUCAUCUGCCUCGUCAUCUCGUUCCUCCAGCUGCACCCCAAGAUCCAGACGGCGACGAUCAACCCGAACCGCAACCUGGGCCUCCUCUUUGUCGAAUUCCUCGAGCUGUACGGCAAGCACUUCAACUACGACCAGGCCGGCAUCACGCUCCGAGGCCGAGGCGGCUACUUCAACAAGCACGACAAGGGCUGGUACCGCCCGGGUCAGCCGUACCUCCUCAGCAUCGAGGACCCGAACGACCCGAAGAACGACGUGUCGGGCGGCUCGCACGCCAUCAUCCGCGUCCGCCAAACCCUGUCGGGCGGCUUCGACGUCCUGUCGGCCUCGCUGUGCGCCCGCCAGUCGCUCCUC